AUGAACUCCCGCGAGCAGUCUGAUAUGCCUCCGGCACCCUCUUACCCUUCCCCCAAUGGUGCGCAAAUGGCCCAGGGUGCCAUGCCGUACUACAGUAACCGCCAGCUCACCACCGACGAACUUAUCUCUGCCGAAUUGUCGCGCGAAGCCUCUGGCCCGGGUCUCGGUGAUGGAUCCAGCAACGCUGUCCACCAUGGUCAGUCGAUGGUCUUGGGCUCGGGAAAUGCAGGUGACAUGGGCCGUUCGUCGGAGGAUCAACACCAACACCAGCACAUGCUCCAGUUUCCCCCAAGCCAGCAGGUGGGCGUCGAUCCAAACCACGAUCUCAGCUAUGGUGAACAGAGUGCGCGCAAGCGAUCCAAGAUUUCAAGGGCCUGCGAUGAGUGUCGGCGCAAAAAGGUACGAUGCGAUGCGAGCUCGGAAACCGGUCUCGAAACAUGCUCGAAUUGUCGCCGGCUCGGUGCUGUCUGCCAAUUCAGUCGCGUGCCCAUGAAGCGCGGUCCCAGCAAAGGGUACAUAAAGGAACUUGCUGAACGUCUCCACACACUCGAGAGCCAGAUGCAACCCGGAAUUGGUGUUCAGCCCGACGUACCUUACCAAUCAAUGAACGAGGUCAAUCUGCCCAGAGCCUAUCAAGAUUUCACGUCGCCCGUCGAUACCGGCUCCGCCAAUCGCAAACGAACAUACUCAGUCUUUGAGGGCCUUCCAAGCUCUUCUUUUGCCCAGCCCAACUUCAACGCUCGCGCCUCGCAGAACGCCUUCGAUGCGCCGGAUUCCGCGGCAGACCCCUACAACCCGGCCGUUGCUAGCGGUGGUGCCCCCAAGCCUGGCAACCUGUUUUGGAACCCCACGGGCAACGAGCAGGAUUUGCCAAGUGGACUUGAGAUGACAGAUCUGCCCAAGCAUGAGGGUGAAGAUGAUAUGACACCUGUCCACCUCGACGAAGGAGCUCUUGAUGCUUACUACCAAAAGGUCCACACUCUCAUGCCAAUUCUCCCACACACCAGAGAAAGAACUCUCGAGCUUCUCCACCAGUGUAACCGCGAGGUGCAGGAGACUUUCUGCUACGCACUGUACACAGUCACUCGCACCGAUUUGUCGCGUGUUGCUGGCAAUUUUGAGAAAGUCACCUCAUUUGACAAUGCCCAGGAUCUCCUUCUUUAUUACACCAAGCAGCCUUUGAUUGUCCACUCCACAGCCGUCAACUUGAUCUGGCUGCAGACCCUGCUCCUGAUGAUCAUCGAUGCUGACACUCGGGGACCGGAUAACUUCGUUCUUAAGGAUGGCAUUCCGAAACAUACUCUAGUCCAGGCCGCGAGCAAGUUGGGUUACGACCUGGCCAAGAGCCAGGGUCAGCUGAAGAACAAACGCGCCACGGAUCCCGAUGUUGACUCGGAUGCCAACCUUACUCGACGCAACUGGGUAUCGCUGAUUAUCCUGAGCCGGUGGUACGCUAUUAGUGUCGCUGAUGGCACCAUUCCCAACGGGCAGGAGAUCGGUGGCCGUGAGGAUGAGCGAGUUGUCGGCCAGAUCACUUCUGGCAUCGCGUCUUACACGACUUUCCUCUCGGAAAUGGUCACCCUGGCCACUGUAGAGCACAACGUCUGCCAGACCAACAGCGGACUGGGUCGGAUGGUUGGAGCCAACCUGGUUGCAUCUCUCGAGCGUCUGGGUGAGAUGGAAGACGUGUUCAAAGUCCACGAGCUGCCUGAGAACACGACCACUCGCUCGCUCUUCGAGAGCCUCCAAGCCCAGCUCUACUGGACCGUCCGAUUGCUCAUCAAGCGCCACGUUUUCGUCUACAGCCCGUACGAGAUCAUCUACUGCGCACAGGAAGUAAUCAACGAGAUGCACAAGGCCGCUCUGCAGAGCCGUCUUCCGACCCCAUUCGACCUGCACAGUCUGGCCCUGGCCUCAAUGACCCUCCUCGAAGCCACCGUUCUCCCCGAACACGCAAACGAGUGCUGGGCCUCCCUCGAAAAGGUCGAAGAGAUUCUCGACCAGCGCGCGAAGCCCGCCGUCGAAGGCGCCGAGUUCGGCAACAUCUUCGGUACCCCAGGCUGGGACGCCAAGAUCCGCGUCUUUCUCGAAUGGCGCCGCGUCAAGUCCCAGGAGAGCCAGCUGCACGAGUCUGUCGGCGGCAAGCCCGGCUCUUCCCAGCCGCCUGUGAUGGGCCCCAACGAGCAGCGCUCUCUUCAGCAUCUCGCUGACCUCGCUGUUGGUGCCGAAGGCUCUGUUAGCCAGAAUGCUUCAUCGACCCCGCCGCCUGGUCUUGACCAAGGUGAGACAUCUCCCAACCUCGCACCGCAGCUGGCACAGUCGCAGGGCGGAGUUGGCCGUGUUGUCGUUGACUUCACCAUGCUUACGAAAGAGGGAUAUCUCAACGUGUUCUCAGGCCUGAUCUACCGCCGCAAUCGCUAA